GCAAACUCUCAUCGCCAUGCUGUUUCCUUUGCUCGUCGCCCUAUUAUCCCUACCUAUCAUGUUCCUUUUCCUGACUUAGCAGAGUAUGGGUUAGAUGUCUCUCAAUAUCUCCAUAACUUAGGUUGGGACUUUCUUAUGGCUGCUCCUGUUGAGUAUGUUUGUCCUGAAGCAGUGAGGUUGUUCUAUUCGAACUUUCGUUCGUUUGGACUCCACACUCGUACCUUCACCACUCUAGUGUAUGGCCAUCUAGUCACUGUCCCGCUUGAAUAUCUCCGCCAUCUCUUGCAUAUCCCUAGGGUAGGAGAAGUCCUCGCCAAUGAGACUGAACUGGUGCAUUUCAACUUCAACAUUGAACAUGAGUUUGUUCAUCUCACUGGUCACACCCCUGAUGCAUUACUCACCCUCCCCUCUGCAUUUUUGUUGCCUUCCCUGCGUACUUUUCACUUUCUCCUCACUCGUAGGUUCCUUCCUAGGACUGUACUGCUUGACAGAGUCACCCCCCUUGAUCUCUGGAUCAUCACUCAUGCCACUGCCAGUGUCCCUCUGGAUUACUGUCAUCUGUUAUUGGGAGGGUUAUAUCCCUUUCAGCAGUUUGAAUAUCUGGGACAUCUUCCCUUUGGCCCUCUCAUCACCCGUCUCAUUCUUCGCCUUGGGAUUUCUCUUGAUCCAUUCCGUACCACCACUCCUAAUGUGUUUCUGAACGCGGAUGACAUUCUUAAUGAGAUUGCGGAUGACAUCGUUGAGGGGGAGGAUGAUGCAGAACUAGAGGAAGAAUCUGCUGAGGAGGAUCCUGAAGAAGAUCCUGAGGAAGGUGGUGAUGGUCAUGACUUAGAAGUCAACUGGAUCAGUAGUGAUUCUUCUGGGUCAGACUCAUCUGACUCAGAAUCAUCUGACUCCACUGACCCACCUCCUUUGGAUGAGGUCUUUGCUGCCUUGCAGGAUAUUCGUGAUAUCUAUGGAUCUGAUUGAGUUACUUGAGUGCUGACUAUCUUUCUGGUUUGCUGGACAUGUUUUACCAGUUGAAGUGAUUGAUUGAAUAGUCUGUUUCUGGUUUGCUGGACAUGUCUCACCAGCUUUUGUGUUGGCCUUAGCAGUUUGGUUUUGCUGGACGUGUCUCACCAGCUUUUGAAUGGUUAUUACUGUGUUAUGAGAUUUGUUCAGAACCUUUUUGUGGAUUCCAUCUUUGUGUUGCUCUGGGAAAGGUGUUUGCUCUUGUAUGCAGGUUUCAACGAGUCAAUCAGCAAUCUUAAACUUAGGGGGAGAUUGUUAGGCUGAAGAAUCUCAUCAAAUCAAGUUGACAGAUUGGAUUGAACCAAAGAUGGAAAGGAUGCAUCAAUCAAGGGGGAGCCGAGCUAAUCAUGAUUCAAACCUGCAGCCCCAACGGCUAUCCAGCAAGGAAAAGAAAGGUUAUAAAUUCAUCUCCUCUGUAGAACUUGGGAGCAGCUGUUUUGGAGAAAUCCCUAGCGGUACAGGGCAGGGAAUUGGGGUUAAAACAGUGGCUCUGAUCACUCUGAGGUAGAGGUUCAGUUGAUCAGAGGUUGUAACUAAUUCCUGUGCGAAUUCGGGUCUUGAGUCAAGCUCUUUGAUUUUCACAUUCGUUGUAAUUGCGUCGUUCUUCUUUCUCCUUUUUAGUCAAAGAAAAUCAAAAGAGUCUC